CGGAAUCCAUGUUUCAAUCCUUCGAAUUCCUUCCUUUGUCUUCUUCGCUGUUAAUCAUUUGACUUCUCGACCAUGGCUGACGACGAAGAGCAAAGACUCUGUUUUCUGAACAUGUGAAUGUGAUUCUCCUGUCAAAGGUUCAAGGACAAGCUUGUAGCUGAAGUCAUUUUGUCACUCAAGUAGAUUUGAAGAGGCAGUUUCUCUGAGAAAUGGGGAAGCACAUGCGGCACAAGAGCGCUGGCAUCCCAUUUCCGCAUGGUCAUCCAGGAUGCAUGUGGCGUAUGCUUCAAGUACUUAACUACCAACAUUGGCAUUGGCGUGUUAUUAAGAGAAGACUUACAUAUAAGAAGCAUGAAGGUAGAAAACCUGAUGCGGUGGCGGAAAAUCCUGGGGAUGAUGCACAAGCCUCGACUGCUGAUGAUUCUUCAAAACGCAGGAAAGCUGAAGGGGCCAACUCUAAGUUUGAAAAUUGGCAGGUUGAAGGUAAGAACAGACAGUCCAAUCCAGCAAGUAAAAGUUCAGUGAAAUCUCGACUGAAGGCACUUAUUACUGAAGAGAUGUCUAAAAGGAAGGGCCGAGGCCGGCAUCGCAGAAGUUCGACCUGCCCUGCAGGAUCACAAUUGACAGGAACUGGUUCAGACUUUCUUGCAGAAGCUCACACUGAUGGUCCUCUCCCUGAAAUAGCUCUGAAUGAUGAAAGCCCCAGACUGGGUGACGAGAACAAGGAGAUCUCCUCUGAUAGCAGUUCUGAGGAUCAAGUUUUACCAAAGUCCUCGGAGGAACCAAUUACCAGUGAUGAAAAUGGCGAAGAGUGUGGUAUCAUGUUUAGCGGGAACGACUCAAGCCAUGAACAAGUUGAUGAAAGUGAGAAACAAUUAAUUGAGAAUGCCAUUUUUUGUCAUGAUCUAAAUGACAGAAAGCAAGCUUUCUUGAAACAGAAAUCGAUCUCUUCGAAAGAACUAACUAAAGAUGGUUCGGCACAUCAAUCAAAGUAUUUCACGGAUGCUCGGGAUAUAAUCAACAUGAACAAAGGGUUUUUACUGACAAUUUUACAGGAUCCGGGCUCUCCUUUGGCUCACCAUUUCCAUAAGCAACAAGCUAUCAGUGCAAAAAUGGGAAUAACCAAGUCAGGGACUUUCCCUUCACCUGGGUCAUCGAGCAGAAGAGGUUUGGGACCACGGAAACAAAACCACAAGCGGGAUGGACGAAAGCCGCCUGAUCAUGAGUCGACAGAAGAUCUCUGUAGAAAGUCGAUGCCAUUGAUAGCUGCAGACCACAGGGCAGAUGGAAUUCACCAACUAAACCAAGCAAAUGCUGAAGUUCCCGAUGUUACUUCAGGUUCAUCAUCCAACCAUCUGAAGCAAAAAUCUGAUGGAAAUCAAGUGGCAAAAAAGAGAUUCAAGCAUCUUAAACAGAAGAUAAAACACGCAAUCAGGGAGAGCAAGAAAGAGAGGCAUAGGAUUGCCAUGGAUGCGGUCCUUCACAAAAUUCCUCACAAGAAAGGAUUUUCCAAGGACUUGACAAAGGACAUUGUUGAUUAUUUUAAGAACCCUUCACGGAUUAGAGAUGUUUUUUCUGAAUCUUCUACCAGUAGGAGAAGAAUUCAGCACGAAAGAAGAGCAUCAUCCUUUAAUGAGUCUAUGGAUAGAUAUACGCAGUUGUAUGAAUCUAGUUUCAACAGAGAAGCCAGAGAACAUAUCUCCAAAAGGAUACAAGAAAGAAGAGAAGAAGAGAUGGUUUUGCCUCGUAGGAGUGCCCCAAAAUCCCUGGGAAGAAUUCUUUCCUCACCUGAACUACAUUCUUACUUUUAUCAGAGUGAGGACUCUUCUGAUGCAUUUUCCUCAGACAUGCCAACUACUGUUGCCGAUAGCACUGUAAGCAUAAGCAGCUUAACUGAACAAAACAAUCUAGAUGUUUCGGCUGCUUUGGAUUACCACUCACAAUUAGGUACCCUUGGAAAAAGCGAGUCUCAAGAGUAUUUGACAGGCAUUAGGGAAACACUUUCAGUUUCUUCAGAUAAGUUAGCAUCAAACUCAUGUACAAAUAGUAAGACAAUAGCUCAAGUGGGAAAAACUAGUGAUGAGUCGGGAAACUUGAUAAUAGGCGACAUAGUUUCUCAAAGUGAUCAAGACAGUAAGCCUGAAAUAGUAGUACCUAUUACAAAGCUGGAAGAAGCAAGUGCUAUCCCUUUGCUCAACUUAAAUUUAGAUGGGAAAACGGUCAGUACUCCUGCAGAAAUUUCCAAAUCACAAGAAGCAGACUUGGAGCUAACGCAAAGUCACGGCUUUCACACACGACUUGAUAUUUUAGCUGAUGAGGAACAUGAAUUCAAGGAUUCCCUUAAGGUGGCUGAGGGCAGAGCUCAAUUUGAGAAAGUAGAGACUCUAAAGAAGGAUUUAGACAGUGACUUUUUGAAAGAUCGAUUAGAUACAAAUGACAAAGAUAAAUUUAAAUACGUUAGAGAUUUGCUCGAACUAUCAGGAUUUAGUGGGAACGAAGCCCUUGGUACAUGGUAUGCGGAUGACCAGCCAGUGGACCCUUUCCUGUAUGAGGAAGUCAAGGGCGGCUGCAUUUUCUGCGACCCAGAUUGCUCCAGGGACGAAGUAGGCGGUUACUGUAAUCACCCACUGUUGUUUGAUCUAAUCAACGAGGUAUUGUUGGAGCUUUACGAAAGAUCAUACUGCUAUUGUCCCAGACCUUUGUCUCCAUUAUGCCACAUCCGUCCAAUGCCAUUAGGACACCAUGUUCUUGAGGAAGUCUGGACAAACAUAAGCUGGUACUUGAGCUUUGAAACUGGAUUUGACAAACCAUUGGAUUAUGUUGCCUGUAAGGAUCUAACAAGAAGUGAUGGUUGGAUGAACCUACAGGCUGAGAAUGAAUGCUUGGGGCUUGAGCUUGAAGAGUUAAUCUUUGAUGAUCUUUUGGAUGAACUUUUCUAGAAUCAAUACCUCGUGCUUGAUCAGGUUCAACCAAUUCAUUCACCAGCAUUAAAAAUUUUUGUUACUUGUGUAAUUAAUAUUUGUUUUCUACCCAAACUUCCAAAGAGACAAGCCAAACAAUAGGGAAAUAAUUCUUUGUGUAAUUAAUAUGUGUUUCCAUUUUU